AUGUCCCGUGUCACUGCUCCCGCGAAACAACUCGCCCGUGCGCUCAACGGCACGGCCGCCUCUCGCGCCGUCUCAACGAGCACCUUGGAGCACAGCACCAAUGCGGGCGCCACCAUCUCGCCCAAGUAUGCCGAGCUGCUCCGCAAUCGGCUGAGCGAGCACACUGAUUCCUCUCGUGGCAUCACCACCACCCACCGCCCUACGCCUCAGCCUUCCCUCGCCAACCGCACCAAGCCCUUGAUGCAGACAUUCUCCUCGUCCGCCAUCACGCGCACGCCUUCUGCCCAUGUCGACGCCGCCGUCCUGCCGUCCUUUGAGUUCCUCAACGAGGCGCCCAGCCCGUUAAAGCCUACCGUACCCAUCCUGCCGGACAACUACUCUCUGGCGAGCGCCGAGGCGGCGGACGCUCCCCUCGAGGAACCACAGGUCACAAUCCUGGCCGUGAACCCCGACAAGGUCCUCUCCGCCAAUCCCUUUGGUGAGAUGCACCGCGCGGACGUGCGCUUUGUGCACGACGGUGUCGGCCCGCAGGGCGAGGAGCAGGCGGGCGGCAUGCUCAGGGACCUCUGGAAGGGCAUGGUGGACGAGGUCAUAAGCGCCACGUCCGCCGCGCAGCCCAAGAGGGCUUAG